AUAAUCCAAGUCGGAUGAUCUGGUAAGACUUUAUAGAUGAACUGUAGAAUGUCCACAAAAAUCUAGCAAAUGGCGGUGGAACUUAACCUCCCAGUCGGAGGUAAUGCUGAGAACGUGUGUGGAAUUAGCUUUUCAGAGGCGACACUGCCAUCUGCGCCUGCUGGAGCAAAAGAGCAGCGUGCGACCAAUCAAAACCAGUCGCAACACCCUGCCGUGGUUUGACAGCGCGAUGAACGUCAGCCAACGAAUGGGGGAGGCGUUUUGCCCAUUUUCCAUCAACGCCCAGCCCCCAGCUAACCCCCUACCCCUUUCCUCCUAAUUGUCUUUCAAGAAGGUGAAGCCCCCCGCUCGGUGGUCAAUGGAAAUUCGGACGAUUGUUGGCCUUGAAAAUUUGCUGAGAGGAAAGAAUGCAGCGGUGGUGUAUAAACACUGAAAGAAAGACGAGAUGGAUGCGAUCUGCUUCUACUUAGACUUUCUAACAGUGCUCGGUCUUGCAGACUCAAAGUUAUGUAAGACUUUUCUGGCUGUCUCGUAAGAGUUAUUUUAUUUUAUUUUUUUCAGCCUUUCCAAAACCACAUUCACAGAGGAUUUUUUCCUGCUCAUAAGUGUCUGGAUUUUCAUAUUUUUCCGCAGUUUUUUUUUUUUAAAGCCACUAUUAGUAGUUGCGCCAAGAACAACAAAGUCUCCGAGGAUGCUUUCCAAAAAGUGACACCUCGACCUUUUCUGGUUGCACCUGUUGUCGGUUUUGGACCCUUGCAUCCAUCCUGGUGACAUCUUUUGAUUUCCCGCGAGCUGAAUUUGCAAGAAAAAGUCGUCAGCACAUACCCAUCACCGCCAUCCACCCCACUAAAACCUUCUCCACCUCCUCCUUCUUCCCAGCCGCCAUCCUCCUCUCCUCCUCUUUUUUCCCCUCUGUCUCUCCAUCUCCCCCCUCUUUUGCUCUCCUGUCUCUCUCUCUCUCUCUCUCUCUCCUCCCUCUCUGUCUUUCUCCUCUGUGUUUUUCUCAAGAGACAUCCACUUUUUUGAACACUGCACUGUUCUACCACCACUGGACCUCCAACCCCAGGCAGACAGUACGCCGUGAGAGGACCCCAGAAAUCAUGUUUCCUCUCCGUGUACACCUGUUGGCAGCGCUCGUCAGCCUGGCAUUGUGCCAGUAUGAGGACUACGACUAUGUUCCCCCCUCAAUGAUAGGACCCUCCAGCGCAAACUGCGACCGCGAGUGCGAAUGCCCCAUCAAUUUCCCCAGCGCCAUGUAUUGCGAUAGCCGCAAGCUGAAGUUUGUGCCCAUGGUUCCGUCGGGAAUCAAGUAUCUGUACCUCCAGAACAACCAGAUCGAUGAGAUCAAGCCCGGCGUGUUUGACAAUGUCACGUCCGAGCUCCGCUGGCUGGUCCUCGACAACAACCAGAUCACCAACGGCAAGAUUGCGUCAGGUACCAUCGAUAAAUUGACCGCCCUGGAGAAACUCUUCUUCAGCCACAACCUUCUCACGGAGCCAGUGGUCCCUCCUUCCAAGUCUCUUGAUGAGCUGAAGAUGACGCACAACAAAUUGAACAAGUUUCCCUCCGGGCUCCUGAAUGAGAAGGAGAAUCUGACUUCUGUCAAUGUACAGCACAACGAGCUCACCUCUGAGGCUGUCGCCGGUGCUUUCAAAGGGUCCAAGAAGCUGCUGUCCCUCGACGUGAGCCACAACAAGCUGAAGAAGCUGCCCGUCGGCGUGCCUGCCUCACUGGAAAUCCUCUAUGCUGACUACAAUGACAUCGACAGCAUCGGUUCGGGGUACCUGAGCAAGGUGCCAGGCCUGCGGUACCUGAGGGUCUCCCACAACAAGUUGGUGGACUCCGGUAUCCCUGCGGGAGUGUUCAACGUGACAUCACUGGUGGAACUGGACCUGUCUUUCAACAAGCUGCAGUCCAUUCCUGAUAUCAAUGAGCAGCUGGAGCAACUGUACCUCCAAGCCAAUGAGAUCAACAAGUUUGACCUUUCGAGUUUCUGCAAGUUCGUGACGCCUGUCAACUUUUCCCACUUGAAGCACCUGCGCCUGGAUGCCAACAACAUCACACACCACAGCAUGCCCCCGGAAACUUCCGAAUGCCUGCGAAUGGCCUCCGACAUCCUGUUUGAAUAAGGAACCCACACCGUCAUCCACCAUUGAUGGAUUUACGAGUUGAAAUAAUCCUCAAAACUCACACAUUUGUUCUGACUAAACAGUAGCGGUAUUGCAGCAUCAUUGCCAAUAAACACUGAUUGGAAAAAAUAAAAUAAAAUAAAAGUAUACAAUGACAGGGCAGAUUUUUGUUUAAAAAGAUAGCAAAUGUUUUUAGGCAGAGAAAGCAAAAAUGUAAAUUGAAAGAGAAACAACCCCCCCCCAAAAAAAGCCACAAAAAUGACAAACUUUAGAGGUCCUGUAGCUAGGUUUGCUAACGUGCUAGCCUCUUGAAUACACAUUUUUUGCAGCUCUAAAUAAGACAGCCAGUUAGCAACUUGCUUGCUUUAGGCUUGAUUAUUAAAAUAAAACACUUAAAACAUUCCAAUUUGACACUUUAGCUUGUCGAACGGAGACAAGAUGGAGUAAACAAUAGUCUCGAGCGUCUCUUUAGUCGUUUUCGUCUUUGUGAUUUGUGUUCUGCGUUUAGCAUGUGUAGUAUUGUUAAAUACAGCCAUUGCUGUGCAAAGGGCCAGCAAAAAAAAAAAAAAAAGACUGCGUAUUCAAAUGUUUUGUGUAUAAUUCAUGAAUAAAUUGUAAAAUACUUGUUGACUUCUUGAAAAAAAAAAAGUGAAACGUUAGCUCAUGAAGCUAAAACGUCACAUAUUUGUUUGUUGCGAGAAUUGCUGAUGUAUAUCCUUUCCAUUACAUGCAUGAAUUCAAAUGAUUUCAUUCUUUUGAUAAUAAACUACAGCUUUUGCAGUUCUGGCAGUGCUCCGUUGUUGUUUAACGCGCCGUUGUCAUAGAAUAUCCCGUCUUGUCUGGAUCCAUUCUUUUCCUUCAUAACAGAGCCACAUUGAAUCAGUCACUGCUCAUGGAUUUACUGUGAGGAACUCCGUCUGAAUAAACCAUGUUUCCAAUACA